GCAAAGCCACGCUCCGUCCAAGGUCGCUCAGGGACAGUGACAUGGGACAGUCGAUAACUCUGCUGUGCAGUCGCCGGUAUGGUGCUCCGAGUGUAGCAAGUGACGUUUUGCGCGUCGAGUGGAACUAAGUAGCCAAAAGGCUGAUUUUGGAGUGAAUUGGUCUCCAAUAUGGCUAUUGGAUACACUCCGGCGCUGGCGUGUCGUCUGCUGUUGCUCCUGGCGCUGGCGGCAGUCACCACCGAGGGGUACCGCGUGCUGAUCCUGGCACCCACCGGCGGCAAAUCCCAGAGGAACGUCCUCCACGGGCUGGCCUCGGCGCUGGCCGAGCGCGGCCACCAGGUGGUCUUCUUCAGCGCCUUCAAGCCGUCGUCAUCGGUCAAGGGGAUUCGCGAGGUCGUGCCCGACGCCCUGGCCGAGGCGGCCACCGAUGACAAGUACCCCAACAUGUUCAAGAUGAAUGAACAGGGCAUACAGGCCGGAUUCAAACAGAUUCAGACCUUCAUGUCGGAUGGACCUCGUGCGGCCCUGGCGAGCAAGGAGCUCGAUGAGAUUCUGAAGGAGAAAUACGAUCUAGUCGUUUUUGGUUUCUAUUCGUACUCGCUUUACUUUGUUCCUUUGGUGUUGAAAACGCCGUUUAUUCUUUUGACUUCAGUUCCUUAUCUUCCAACGUACACAAGCCCUCUUGGCAAUCCCACUCUUCCCUCCCUGCAUCCGAACAUUUUCACCAUAACCUCCCCGGGAGAAAUGACAUUUCUGCAAAGAACGAAGAACGUCCUCGAACAUGUCUCGAUGGAAGUAUUUCGGCAGGUCUACGGCUGGUACUGUGACCGUCUCGUCGCCGAGAAAUUCGGCAAAGGCGUGAUGCCUCCUGCUCUGGAGAUAGAGAGGAACGCCAGUCUGAUCAUGAUCAACAGUAAUCCAGCGAUCAACUACCCGAAACCCCUGCUGCCAAACGCUGUUGAGAUAGCUGGCAUGCACUGCACGAAGGGCCGACCGCUGCCGAAGGAGCUGAGGAGCUUCCUCGGUGACUCGGAGUUCGUCCUGUUUAGCAUGGGCUCGGUGGCCCGACCCAAGGACAUGUCUGCCUCUCAAAAGUCCGAGAUCCUGGCCGCGCUGGAGCGACUGCCCUACAAGGUCCUGCUCAAGUGGGACACCACGGACCGCGCGGGCAUCCCCUCGAACGUGCUCCCCUCCAAGUGGCUGCCGCAGCAGGAUCUCCUGGCCAGCGGGAAGUGUCGUCUCUUCAUCUCCCACGGCGGCUACGCUAGUCUGGUGGAGUCCGUCUGCCACGGCGUGCCCAUGGUCAUGCUACCUGUGUCUGUCGAUCAGCACGCCAACGCCGCGCAGGCCGCCCGUCUCGGAGUCGCUAAGGUCCUCCGCUGGGACGGGCUGACCUGGGAGGAUCUCGAGGCGGCGGUGGAAGCGGCCCUGUCCGAGGAGCACCUCUCGGCCGCCCGGUACCGGCAGCAGCUCCUACGCUCACAGCCAGUGCCGCCCCGUGACCUGGCCGUCCACUGGGUGGAGCACGUAAUCCGGCACGGCGGCGCGCCGCACCUGCGCUCCGUCGGCGCCGAGCUCAACUUCUUCCAGUACUACUCGCUGGACGUGCUGGCCUUCCUGCUGGCUGUGCUGCUGCUGACGCUGAAGCUGCUGGUCGCCAUGGUGAAGUGCUGCUGUCGGUGUGUGUGUGGGAGGAAGGCCAAACCGUCGAGUGCCGAGCCGGAAUCGAAGCGGGUUAAGCGUGAUUGACGUGUUUAGUUUGAGAGCUGCUUGUGAACAGCGUGUAGAAAUGAGCGUGCAAGUACACACUGUACUGCGCGUGCAUUCAUAGAAAGGAACUGUGAUUAAUCUUGUAUAGUGCUUGCGUCGUAGAUAAAUGUCACUCCGUUGUAUAAGUGAUGUAUAAGGGCAUAGAUACAUAGAGAACAGAUCCAAAGAUAUGAAAUAUAUCAGUGAAGAGUAAG